UCUUGCUUGGUGUUAACAGGUUUUAAAGAGAGUUUUUACCACAAGGUCUAUCUCUGCAAUGACAAUGAUAAAAUCCAGCUGUACUCCAUGGCUCUGCUAAAGUACCAAGUUGCAUUUGUCAAGGCAUCAACUGAGAGGGUAAAGAACCUCAUGCGCUUAGUCAAGCAUUGGUUCAGAACUUCAUUUGCACAACCAACAAAGGAAAAUAAGUUCCGCAGGCUUCCCUCUUCCUAUGCUAUGGAGCUUCUCACUAUCUAUGUGUGGGAGUUAGCUGGGAAACCAGUUGUUUUCAGCUUUGUUCAAGGGCUGAGAGCUGUUCUGAAACUUUUAAUUCGAUACCAAGAAAUCUGCAUCGUAUGGCACAAAUACUAUAAGCCUGCAUUUAGAGUUUUCCAGAAGGUGAUUUCAAAGCAAACCAGGCCAAUCGUUCUGGAUCCUGUUAACCCAACAUUUAAUGUGUGUGCAAAUAGCAAUGCCUGGGAUGAAGUAGCUCAUGUGGCAAGGCAAAGUCUCCUUAAUCCACUCUUCAGUGGUAUCCAAGCAAAGGAGCCUUGGCUUUUUACAAAUAAUUGGUGAAUCUGCACACUUCCUAUAAGAGACUGUAUCCUAACAUCUGGAGUACUGCAGUGGGAAAACUAUGUUAAAGUGAAUGAGAUGCAAAAUAUAUGUUACACUCCAUCCACAUGUAAUGCCAUGCGGCUGUGAUGGCUCCUUACCCAUUGCAAAUCACCU